AUGACCCUCACAAAAUCCGUAAGUUGUGACUAUGUCUCAAAUUCACCGAUAAACUCUGCGAAGCAGGUGCGUUGGUCGGUUGAUCUUGAAGAGAUCUUUUAUUUCACUACUCCUAAACCUCGCAGAAAAAGCAUUACCGAAAAGUUGCGCGAGUUUAAGGAGCUGGCCAACGAUCUAGCAGAUAGGACUUUUCGCUCAAAUGGAAACUUUCUUCCACACAGAGGCAGCCGCCGUGACAUACACUUUAGGAAAGGCUACAUUGCAGACAGUGAAACAGACAUCAAUCGGCGUUGGGAUGAACUGUUUGAACUUUACAGUGAGCGUGUAAUGAGCGACUAG